UUCCUCGUAAUCCGAAUUCUCUAAUACAUUAAAUUAAUAAUUAAUAAAACCUUAAAUAAAUCAAAGCUUUAUUACUUCCUCCAAUUGGGCUCUUGAUUUGCCCACCUCAGUAAACUAUUUCUCACCAUUCAAGAUUCUUGAUAUUUAUUUUUUUUUUAUUUUUUUUUUAAAUUAAAAAAAAAAAAUCAGUAAUUACAGCAUGAAUCCGAACUGGGAGCUGAACAAAUGUUGUCGGCACGAACAAGUGGUAUUUCUUGCCAGCAUUGGUAUCUUCACUGUUGUUAUUCUCGCUUUAUGGAGGACGUUUCUACUAACCCCAUUUAAGCUCAUAACCGUAUUUCUUCACGAAGCUAGCCAUGCGAUCGCUUGUAAACUUACAUGCGGCGAGGUAGAAGGUAUGCAAGUUCACGCUAACGAAGGCGGCAUGACUCAAACACGUGGCGGUGUGUAUUGGCUGAUCUUGCCAGCUGGAUAUCUUGGUUCGUCGUUUUGGGGUAUGGCACUCAUACUCGCAUCGACAAAUCUGCUCGCAGCAAGAAUUGCUGCUGGUUGUCUUAUUCUUUCCCUUCUCAUUGUGCUCUUUAUUGCAAAAAACUGGACAUUGAGAGGGCUUUGUAUUGGAUUUAUUAUUUUUAUUGCUGUUAUCUGGGUUCUGCAAGAAACGACUAAAGCGCGUGUCCUUCGCUACAUUAUUCUUUUCAUUGGUGUUAUGAAUAGUUUGUUCUCGGUUUACGAUAUAUACGAUGAUUUGAUAUCUCGAAGAGUUCACACGAGUGAUGCUGAGAAGUUUGCUGAACUUUGCCCCUGCUUUUGUACUGGAGUUGGGUGGGGCGUCAUUUGGGGAAUAAUAUCAUUAGUAUUUCUUUCUGGAGCAAUAUAUCUUGGACUUGUCAUCUUGUCUUGAGGGUUCAAAUCAUGGCCUUGGUUUUUUCUGGUCAUAUUGAGGAGCCAAAGACUGCUUUUACUUCAUUUAAUUUAUUCAUCAAAUUCGUUCAUACGACAGCAGAACCUCGAUAGAUUAAUACUUGAUGAAUUAAUAAUCUCGCUUAAUUAAUAAUUUCUCGUAGUCCCGACUCGGUGAAAAUGUAUUACAUUAUUAGUUUGAUAACUUAAUAUUUCGAUAAAUUAAUAUAAUUUUGCUAGCCCAGACUGUAUUAAUUUGUAAACGUUUAACUGUAUAUUGAAAUCGGAAUAUUGACGUUUUGCUUUAUGGGU